CCGCAUAGGACAAUUAGGCUCAUUAGCUCCAGUGUUACGGAAUAGAUUAUCGUCAUGCAUCAACUUAAGCAAAAGAAGCAACCAACACUAUUCGACUGCUCAAUGUAUACAUAAUUCGGUUCACUGCUAAGUGAAGGUGCAAGGUAUAUAGAUAGAGAGAGAGAAAUAAGGAUGGGGUUCGAGCCGCCAGUUCCGCAGCAGGACACGAACUGGGAGAUCCGGGUGGCCGUGCAGGCCAGUCUGGCCGUCCAAGUGCUCCUCAUCUUCGUCACGCCGCUCCGCCGCACCUCCCCCUCCCGCCUCACCCGCUUCGUCGUCUGGUCUGGCUACCUCCUCGCCGACUGGGUCGCCAACCUCGCCCUCGGCCUCCUCCUCAACGCAUUGGGCAACAUCGGCCCCUCCUCGACCGCCACCGUCACGAUCUCCCACGUCUCCCCCAAGCCCAGCGCCAGCGGCGGCGGCAGCAGCAGCAGCAGCGGUAGCAGCAGCAGCCCCGUCAUCUUCGCCUUCUGGGCGCCGUUCCUCCUCCUCCACCUCGGCGGCCCCGACACCAUCACCGCCUUCUCCGUCGAGGACAACGAGCUCUGGCGCCGCCACCUCAUCGGCCUCCUCUUCGAGCUCUUCGCCGCCGCCACCGUCUUCUUCUGCUCCCUCCGGCAAAACCCCUUCAUCCUUGCCUCCGCCUUCAUGUUCGUCGUCGGAUCCAUCAAGUACGCCGAGCGCACCUACUCCCUCUACCGUGGGAGCGCCGACGGCCUGCGCAAAUCCAUGCUCGGCGACCCCGACCCGGGCCCCAACUACGCCAAGAUGAUGGAGGAGUACGACGCCAAAAUAAAGGCCGGCUUGCCUGCCGAGAUCGACGUCAAGGAGGCGCCCGUCUCCGCCGAACCUAAGAUCGGCCAAAAGCUCAACAAAGACAAUCCCAUCGAAUCCAACGCCUUCCAACUCUACCAAACGUUCCAGUACCUCUUCGCCGACCUCAUACUCAGCUUCAACGAGCGCGAAGUUAGCCGAAAGUUCUUCUCCCAGCUAGACGCCGCCAAAGCCUUUCAAGUGAUCGAGGUCGAGCUCGGCUUCGUCUACGACAUCGUCUACACGAAGGCCGCCGUCGUGCACAGUCGGCUCGGGUACGCGCUCCGGCCGAUCGGAUCGGCGUGCAUCGCGGCAGCCUUCCUCGCAUUCUUCUUCGCCGACAAGCGCGGGUUCACGCGCCUCGACGUCGCCAUCACCUACGCGCUGCUGGUCGGCGCGGCCGUGCUCGACUUCGCGGCGCUCGUGAUGCUCCUCUGCUCCGACUGGGCCCGCGUGUCUUUCGCGGAAAAGCGGCUCUUCAAAGAGAUGUGCGCACGCUUCAAGAACUGGAGGUUCGGGCGGCGGCGGCGGCGGCGGCGGUGGUCGGAGAGGAUUUCGCGGAUGAGCCUCAUCGGCUACUGCCUCGACGAGCCGGCCGGGGCCGGGGUGCCGAAGUGGGUCGGGAGUCGGGCCGUGAGCCGGCUCGCCGACAAGGUGUGGGUCAAAGAAUUUUUAGACGAGACGCUCUACGUGAGCCGCGAGAAGGUGGAGGUGGAGAUGAAGGAGUUCAUAUUCGACAAGUUGAACGGGGCUGCUUCCGAGACGAGCGAGGCCGACGGGUACGAGAAGAUAAAGGAGGUGUGCGAGCGACGAGGCGCGGCGGCGCUGAAGAAGCUGGAGCUCUCGGACAACCCGGAGCUCAAGGAGAAGGGCAAGGAGCUCAUGAAGACCGUGGAGGCUGACUUUGACGAGAGUCUCCUCCUGUGGCACAUCGCCACCGAGCUAUGCCACAACCGCGAUAAGAGCACUCCUACUCAAAGACAAUCUGACGUGACAGAGAAGCAGCGGACGAUCAGCGUGAUGCUGUCGGAGUACCUGCUGUACCUGCUGGUGAAUCAGCCGGCAAUGCUGUCGACGGCGGCGGGUAUCGGGCUGCUGCGCUUCCGCGACACGUGUGCGGAGGCCCGCCGGUUCUUUGCCAUGGGAGGGCGGCAGCUGACCCCGGAGGAGGAGCGCGAGCGCCUCCUCCAAGUGAACACCUCCGUGCGGCCGGCCGUCGUGAAGGGAGACCGCAGUAAGUCGGUGCUGUUCGACGCGUGCAUCCUGGCGAAGAAGCUGCUGGCGAUGGGGGAGAGGAAGUGGGGGGUGAUGUCGGCAGUGUGGAUGGAAAUGCUGGCGUACACGGCAUGCCACUGCCAGGCGAGGGAGCACGCGCGGCAGCUGAGCUGCGGAGGGGAGCUCGCCACCGUCGUCUGGCUCCUGAUGGCACACGUCGGCCUGGGGAAGCUCUACCAGAUCCAAGCAGGCGAUGCACGCGCCAAGCUCAUUGUCGACAAGUAACUGCACUGCUAGACCCCAACCUUUACUUAUAUAGAGUGUCGCUUUGAAUCUUUAGUCUUCAAAAAUAGGUUUAUUAUAAAAGAGAAAUGUUUGGUGUGCCACAAAAUCUGUGUCGCAUAAUAUUGCUGAUGUGUUCUUUGUUGCUGAUGUGUUCUUUGUUGGUGUGUUCGAAUGCACAUCAGCAUCGUCGACAAGUAAUUGCAUUUGCUAGACCCAGCUUUUACUUAUAGUAGUGUGUCAGUUUGAAUCUUUAGUCAUCAAAAAUAGACUGAUUAUAAAAGAGAAAUGUUUGGUGUGCCACAAAAUCUGUAUCCUACAAUAUUGUUGAUGUGUUCGUUGUUAGUGUGUUCGAAUGCAGAUCAACAUAUGUGGAGGGUUUAGAGUUUAGGGUUUAGAAUAAUGGCGUUCGAGUUUAGUAAUGAUGUUUGGAGUUUAAUAACUAAUGUU